AGUAAGAAGACUUAGGAUGCCUCUGGUGACAAAGCGACUGAGAGAUCCUGACGUUAAUCCUUGCUUGUCGGAGUCUGAUGCUUCUACCAGAUGUAUGGAUGAGAAUAACUAUAACAGAGAAAGGUGUUCCAGUUACUUCUUGAAGUACAAAAACUGCCGGAGAUUCUGGAAUUCUAUCAUGGUGGAAAGAAGACAGAAUGGAGUGAAGCCGUUUAUGCCUACAGCAGCAGAAAGAGCUGAAAUCUUGGGAGCAAUGGGAAACAUUCCCUAUUGAAUGUUUUCAUUAAAAUUGAUUAUAUAACUAGAA